CGGCAGGGUCAGGUCUGGAGCAGCGCGCCGUUCUGUGAGGGCUGCGCUGAGCCCCCUCUCCGCUUCGAUCGGCCCGGCCCGGCGGCCUCCGCCACGGGCGGCUCCGGACCCGUGCAGCGCGGGGGAUGGAUGCUGCAGGCCUCACCCUGAAGCUGCUUCUGGUCGGAGACAGCGCUGUGGGGAAGUCCAGCCUCUUGCUGAGGUUCACCGACGGUGCGUUUGAGCCGUGCCUGAAGCCCACCAUCGGUGUUGAUUUUAAAGUGAAGAAAAUGGUCGUAGACGGCCAUGCAGUACAGCUCGCAAUAUGGGACACAGCAGGACAGGAGCGCUUUAGAACACUGACUCCCAGUUAUUACCGAGGAGCUCAAGGGGUUGUUUUAGUGUAUGAUGUUACAAGAAAAGACACUUUCGCAGGACUAGAGAGCUGGCUGAAUGAGCUGGAAAUGUAUACCAAAAGCAACACUGUGAAGAUGUUAGUUGGCAAUAAAACCGAUAAGCCUGAUCGUGAAGUAGAGAGAAGAGAAGGACUCCAGUUUGCUAGGAAACGCUCUCUGCUUUUUAUAGAGACCAGUGCCAAGACACAAGAUGGAGUGCAACAUGCCUUUGAGGAACUAGUCAUAAAGAUCCUGCAGACACCAGGUCUUUGGGAUAAAAGCGCAGAGAAGUGGGGAGUCCAGCUAAUGGAAUCUUCAGCACAGCAGGAUAAAAGCUUAUGUGGUGCAUACUGUCCACUUUCUUAAAUCUACAGGUGGCUGUUCUGUCUGAAUGGAGUGGACCUCUUUUUUUUUUUUUUUUUUUUUUUUUUUUUUUUAAAAAAAAGGGGGCAGGAAUUCCAAGCACUGAUCUGUGCCUUGUUUGACCUGCCACCAGUUGUGUAGAUCCAAACCUGAAACUGAUUAGCAAAAUACAUUUUUGUUCAUUAACAAAAUACAGUUUGUCUUUCCCUGAUGCACAGCUGAUGUCUCCAGAUAUUUUUCUGGUAACCGUCAGAUUUUUCACUAUUAAAUCAUAGUGCUUCUUA